AUGCACAUGCUGUCUACAAAGGCUAGUAAGGACUCUCAUGGCGAAGACUCUUCUUACUUUCUAGGAUGGCGAGAGUACGAGAAGAACCCUUUUCACCCCAUUCAAAAUCCAGCGGGAAUUAUUCAGAUGGGACUCGCAGAGAAUCAGCUUUCGUUUGACCUUCUUGAAUCAUGGCUUCAAAGAAAUCCUGAUAUAGUGGGGUUGAAGAAAGAUGGGUCAUCCGCAUUUAGAGAACUUGCUCUAUUCCAGGAUUACCAUGGCUUACCUGCUUUAAAAAAAGAACUAGUGGACUUUCUGGCAAAAUUAAGAGGAAACAGAAGCAAAUUUGUUUAUGAGAAGCUUGUCCUCACAGCUGGCGCAACUCCUGCAAAUGAGAUUCUUAUGUUUUGCCUUGCUGACCCAGGGGAAGCUUUCAUUCUUCCCACACCUUAUUAUCCUGGGUUUGAUAGGGAUCUUAAAUGGAGGACCGGGGUUGAGAUUGUUCCAAUGCAUUGCUCGAGCUCAAAUGGUUUUCGAAUCACUUCCUCUGCUUUAGAACAAGCCUAUCAACAAGCACAAAAACAGAAUCUUAAAGUCAAAGGGGUACUAGUAACUAACCCCUCGAAUCCACUAGGCAUAACCAUGAGCAAAAAGGAGCUUAACCAUCUGGUAGCUUUUGCAAUUGACAAGGACAUUCAUAUAAUAAGCGAUGAAAUCUACUCAGGAACAGUCUUCGACUCACCUAGAUUUGUAAGCAUCAUGGAAGUUGUAAACGAGAGUAGUGUAGAUGGUGCUGUCAUUUGGAACCGCAUUCACAUCGUUUAUAGUCUCUCCAAGGAUCUAGGGGUGCCAGGAUUUCGGGUAGGAAUGAUUUACUCAAAUAACGAAAAGGUUGUGGCUGCGGCCACCAAAAUGUCAAGCUUUGGUUUAGUUUCCUCUCAGACACAAUAUUUGCUUGCCAACUUACUCUCAGACAAGAAAUUCACUUCGAAAUACAUAGAGGAGAGUCAGAGGAGACUGAAAAGGCGCAAGGAAAUGCUUGUCUCUGGCCUAAAAAAUGCAGGGAUUCGAUGUUUGAAGAGCAAUGCUGGGUUGUUCUGUUGGGUGGAUUUGAGGCAUCUAUUAAGCUCUAGUACUUUUGAGGCAGAGAAGGAGCUUUGGAAGAGGAUUCUUUGGGAAGUUGGUUUGAACAUAUCUCCUGGGUCUUCUUGCCACUGCUCUGAACCAGGGUGGUUUAGGAUAUGCUUUGCCAACAUGUCCGAAGACACAUUACAAGUUGCAAUGCUACGGAUGAAGGCUUUUACAGACUCAACCGUCUCUACUAUCCAAUGCAGUAACAAUUGUACUCAACAACAAUAUGUCAAGCAGUACAAAUUUUACCUCAAGAAGGUUAAUUGUUAA